CGCCCGGCGGGCCGCCUGAGGAGAGUCACUGGCCGUGGUCGCCGUCAGGUGGGAUAUUUAUACAUCUUGAGAGGAAGAAAGAACAAAGAUUUUCUACUUUGGAAUAGGUGGAUUUUCAUCCCUUUCUGUGAACUAAAGUGAUUCAAUGUCUCUUUGGGAUUGUUUCUGUACUUCACGAACGCAAGUUGAAUCACUGAGACCUGAAAAACUGUCUGAAACCAGUAUCCAUCAAUACUUGGUUGAUAACCCAACCCUUUCCUGGUUGUCUCCGUCCACUGGGGCCAGUGAAGUGAUCAGUUCCACUAAUGUUGCUCACUAUGAACUUCAAGUGGAAAUAGGAAGAGGAUUUGACAAUUUGACUUCUGUCCACCUUGCAAGACAUACUCCUACAGGAACACUGGUGACUAUAAAAAUUACAAAUCUGGAAAACUGCACUGAAGAACGCCUGAAAGCUUUACAGAAAUCAGUGAUUCUAUCCCACUUCCUCCGGCACCCCAAUAUUACAACUUAUUGGACAGUUUUCACCGUUGGCAGCUGGCUUUGGGUUAUUUCUCCAUUUAUGGCCUAUGGUUCAGCAAGUCACCUCUUGAGAACUUACUUUCCUGACGGAAUGAGUGAAACUUUAAUAAGAAACAUUCUCUUUGGAGCAAUGAGGGGGUUGAACUAUCUCCACCAAAAUGGCUAUAUUCACAGGAGUUUUAAAGCCAGCCAUAUCCUCAUUUCUGGUGAUGGCCUAGUGACCCUCUCUGGCCUGUCCCAUCUACAUAGUUUGGUUAAGCACGGACAGAGGCAUAGGGCUGUGUAUGAUUUCCCACAGUUCAGCACAUCAGUGCAGCCGUGGCUGAGUCCAGAACUACUGAGACAGGAUUUACAUGGAUAUAAUGUGAAGUCAGAUAUUUACAGUGUUGGGAUUACAGCAUGUGAAUUAGCCAGUGGGCAGGUACCUUUCCAGGACAUGCACAGGACUCAGAUGCUGUUACAGAAACUGAAAGGUCCUCCUUUUAGUCCAUUGGAUAUCAGUAUUUUCCCUCAAUCAGAGUCCAGAAUGAAAAAUUCCCGAUCAGGUAUAGACUCUGGGAUUGGAGAAAGUGUACUUGUGUCCAGUGGCACUCGCACAGUCAACAGUGACAGACUGCAGACGCCAUCCUCCAAAACUUUCUCUCCUGCCUUCCUGAACUUGGUACAACUCUGUUUGCAACAAGAUCCUGAGAAAAGGCCAUCAGCAAGCAGUUUAUUGUCCCAUGUAUUCUUUAAACAGAUGAAAGAACAAAGCCAGGGUUCAAUACUUUCACUGUUGCCUCCUGCUUAUAACAAGCCAUCAAUAACAGUGCCUCCAGUGUUACCUGGGACUGAACCAGAAUGUACUUUUCCUGAAGAAGACGACUCAAACUGGGAAUUCUAGGACUGCCAAAUCAUUUUAUGUCCUAUAUACUUGACACUUUCUCCUUGCUGCUUUUUCUUCUGUAUUGCUAGGUACAAAUACCAGAAUUAUACUUGAAAAUACAGUUGGCGCACUGGAGAAUAUAACAUUUUAAAGCACUUCUGUCCAAAGGAGCACGACCUUAUAGCCUCUUUGGUUAUCUCAGAGUGCUAGCAAAACUCCAGGGAAAUUUCAGAAUUAUUAAUCUAAUUUCUUCUGUUUUUGAAUUAUUUUUUCCCAAGCUGUGAUUAACUCCUCUCUUGAUUUUUCAAUGUAACUUUUGAGCCAGUUACAUUUUUCUGCCUUCAGGGGAAUGAGCCCUCAGAGGACAGUGCUUCCAAGUACAUCUUUUUCUUCUAGAUUCUCUAGCCUUUUUGAUUGGCUAUUGUUAGACCAAUAGGCUAGACUAUCUUCCCACCAAAUCCUGUUCCCGUUUGGUAGAAGAGAAAAUGUUUGUACUUUUCCAUUUCUGCUAUUAAUACUAUGGUAACAUCAAACUGAGCCGCACUCAUAUUAAAUGAUUCACUUGAAAUA